AUGCGGGUGCCCCUCGGCGUGGCCUGCUCCCGGCCACUAGCCGGCCCAGCUUCAAAUCCAGCCAGUACCGACGCAGAAAAGAAACUCCUUUACCUGGAAAGAGUGUGCACUUUCUGUUGCAUUGUUAGUUGGAUUAAUCACUGCUGCCCCAACAUUUGGUUAACCGCCUAUGAUUCUUCUGUUGGACCUGUUCUUUCAGAUGUCUCUGUUCUGAUCUCUGGACCUCCCAUUAUAGAUCUGGGUGAUUUACCAAUACAUAAUCAAGCUAUUCAUGAAGCUCAAAAGCCGCCGGAGGAUAUCACUGACAGCCUCGAGGUUGCUGGUGUUGGAGCCUUCGAUUCAGUUGAAACACUGAUGCCUUUGUUGUUCAAGCUGGAGAUCCAGAGUGUAAUUGUCUUAGGUAAACUCACAGAAUUUAGGAGAGGAGUACUCUGGCAUCCAGAAAAUCUGUUGGUUGAUGUUGAUGUUCAAAUGAGUCUUUUUGAGAUUGCAGAAGGUGUAUUCAGAUGGAUAGUUACCUUCGGAUGCAUCAUUUCCAACAAAGCAAUUCAAGGAGAAUCAUUGCCAGCCACUAAAAGUCCUGGUGAUGGUGUCUCCUCUGGUUCGGCUGCCAAGUAG